AUGGCCGGCCUUGCAGAAGGCCUAGAUUGCGAUGAAGAUGCAGGCAUGGAUAGCUCAGAUGACGAACUAGACGGCCUAGAGGAAGCCAUGACGGGGCUUGAUCUGCUCUUGCGCUCGCUUGGCCCUGGUGUCCUCGCUCCCAGGCCUCCUACUGCAAAGCCUGCUCCAGUCGAUAGGGUGAACCGCGACCACCUACCGCUUUCUUCAAGCCCGGAUUCCAUCCGGAGUGAGCGUGUUGCGCCGGCUGCCGUCUCCGACACAGUGGUGGUCGAGUCGCCUAUAACGAAGUCGUCUGCCCCGCGCAACUUCAAGCUGAAGCAGUCGACGCUGAGCUGGGCAAAGCCGUCUUCCAGCACCGCCGUCGAGCAACCUGUCGUGAACACCACAUCCUCUCGUCCAUCAUUGGUCAUAGACAUUUCGGAGGCCAUUGAAGCAGUCUAUGCAGACGCUCUUUUGAAGUACAAGACUAAAUGGGAGGCACUUGCAGCGAAGGAUGCGGCAGAGGAGCUCCCCUUCUUCGACAUGGUCGACGAUCUCAUCCGAGCUGUGGCCGAUAUGCUUGGUCGGUCGGGGCCUCGCCACGCACGGUUCAUGGAUCUGCAAGAGGUCAUCACGGAAACAAGCCUUGAAGUGCAAGGCAUCCACUCCGUUCGGUGGCUGUCACGGGGGGAUGCCGUCCGUCGCCUUGUCGCUGUUUUGCCGGCAGUGAUUGUGCUGCUGAAGGAGCUUAACAGCAAGAUGUACGCGCUGGCAAGCUCCUACCGUUUUCACUUCUUCCUUUACUUCCUGGCUGAUGUGCUUGAGCAGCUCAACAUCUUGAACAAGACCUUCCAGCAGAGACAGCUCGAUCUGGUGUCUUUGCAUGCGCAGAUCAAGCGGACAACGCGUCACAUCGAGAGCCGCUACGUGGACUGCGGCGAUGACUUCGGCGGCGGCAGCAGCCAGUGGCUGUCACCUUUCCUGGAGCGCCAUGGCCCGGGGUGUAGCCGCAAAGUGAAGGUGGAAGGUGUCGACAGCGACGGCCGACCAUCUACUAUCACGUUCACCCUUCACGACGAGCCCGUGGACUCGUACAGCGGCCCGGAGGACCACGACGGCUGCAUUCAGUUGUGCACCGAGUUCGCAGAGAGGAUCGUGGCGAACCUGGAGGGAAGGCUCGGUGAUCUCGACUCGCUCUCUGGAGUCCGCCUGUUCACACCAGAUGCAUGGCCACAAAAAGCAAGUCUGAGCGGAAUGCUCGUUGCCAGGAGUGGCUUCACUCGCUGGUGA